GUGUAUAUGCAUGUAAUACUGAGUCAUACCGGUCUGAUGACAUGCUCAGUUGAAUAAGGCUGUUACAUGCUCAGUUUAACAAGGCUACACCUACUUCCGACUGAAAAUAUGCUUCACAUAGAAAUAUCCCUGUGGCUUCGAAGAAUGUUGCAAUGAGUGCCUUCAACCCUCAAAAUUUUUCUUCUUCCUUCAACUUUCAAGAUUUUUCUUCACGACUGAAUGAGCCGGAAGCGGAAGCUAUAAUUGUUGAUAUAGCCAAUGAGGUUACUUCAAGUCAAGUUGUAAAACCCGACAUAGAAGACGAUCAGGAGCGAUGGCUUAUUGUUGGAAUAUGUCUGCACAGCGUCAUAUCUCCCGCCUUAAGACAGUACAUUCCUCCCGUUGUGAGCAAAUUGUACAGCACUUUGAAACGCACAGACCAGAUUGACAAACAGACAUACGCCAAAUAUCUAAUACGAUAUAAACCUACAAACAAAGAGCUGAACUAUGAGGCAAUUAACAACAACAGUGCUAUACCAAAGGUGAAAGGGAAGAAAGAUGUACAGAAAUAUAACUACAAUGUAACUAGCGAUGUGGACCUAACGAAGCUGUUUAUGAUAACCAGUAUGGCCCACUAUACCGGGUUUGAUGAUACGUGUGACUCGUCGGCACUACUGGGAAUCAUUAUCAAUAUUGAUAAAUUCCCUGCUUUACCAAAGCAAACAGCUGAAAAGGUACGUGCAGACAUUCGGAAUCCUUGGGCUCAUUGCAAAUUUUCUGAGUGGGACGUCAUCAAGUAUCAAAACUCAUUCCAGCUAAUGCACCAGCUUAUUCGGAAUCUGAACCUUCCGGUACAGGAUGAGAAAACAAUUCUAUCGAAACUUACUGACUGGGGAAAAAUUGGAGUGCAGUUUCUACAAGGCAUAACACUUGGAGUAGAGCUGGUACAGGAACUAAAAAAGGAAACAAGAGCGCUAAGUAAAUUCAUUCUUGACAUUGUUCCACAAACAGGGGAGAGUUUCAAAGCUGUUCAUAGUGCUGUACUUUCUAUGGAAGGCACGUUAACUGAAACUACCGAUAGAAUAAAUAACAUGGAGACGGGUAGUGCGGGACUGAGAGGCAAUCUGAAUGCGCUGACAGAUACAGUCAAGGAUUUGCAAGAUGCACAUGAGUUACAUUCUAAGACCGUUGAAAAGAUGAAGACUGAUAUAACAGAUAUACAGUCUGAUGUUAGUAAAACGCAGUUAGAGUUUGUUGAUUCAAAGCAGAAGGUUGACCACUUAGAAAGCCGUUUGGACGAUGUAUCGUUGGAAGUAGUUGAAAACAGGACUGCGUUACACGAUACCAAGACAGAGAUACUCUACUCUAGAACUGAUAUUGAAAAUACAAAAACAGAAGUUAAAACCAUGAUGACUGAACUUGCGGAUGCAAAAGAAAAUAUAAAAAAGAGCAAACUUGUACUGCAUGAUACAAUAGCUGACGUCGCUAAAAAUAGAGUUGAUAUUGAAGAGUUAGCAAAAUAUUUAUCAUCACAAAGGCCAAAUGACAAGGUUUUCUUCUAUCCCCCAGAUAGAAUUUCCUCAUUUGUAAGUCGAGAGGAUGAAUUAGAACAGCUUAAAGACGAGUUUCAAAGACGUAGAGACGAUCAUCAUACACAAGUUAUUUGUGGAUUAGGCGGCAUUGGAAAAACAACCUUGUCUGUUGAAUAUGCUUGGACGUUUCAAAGUUUUUAUCCUGGAGGUGUGUUUUGGAUGUCAGUGGAAACAAAUGAAGCGUUGGAAGAUUCUAUACAACGUCUAGCCAUAGACGCAAGUAUUAUUGGAAAAAAUGCGAAAGAAACACUCACACAGACGCUAAAAUGGAUGUCCUCUAUACAAGAUAGAUGGCUGCUUGUAAUCGACAAUGUAGAUAUGGAGGAAAUCAGAGGUAGUAUGAAAGAGUUGCUUCUCGGAUCUUGGAAAAGGAAACCAAAAGGUCAUAUUAUAAUCACAUCUAGAAGGGUGGCGAACGAAGCGGAAAUGGAGUUCAAUGUCAAAAUAAAGGACUGCAUAACACUAGAUGUAUUAACUAAACAUGAAAGCGUCUAUUUUAUGACAACUCGUUCGGGCUGUAAGAAUGGUAAGUACGACGACAGUCUCGAAUUAUUGAUAGAGGAGCUCGGAGGUCUACCGCUAGCUUUGGAACAAGCAGCUGCACAUAUAAAAACUUUACACUGUACCUUCAAAGAAUAUCUGGAAAAAUUUAAUCGAAAAAGACUGAAAAUACUCAAAGCUAGUAGAUCUCAUUUUGAUGUAUCAAAAGAACGCCAAGCUGUACAGACAACAUGGCAACUGAAUUUCGACUAUAUAGAAAAGCAGUCUGAAGAAGAAGACAUAGGAAGUGCAGCAAUUACUGUGAUGGAAGUAGCAGCAUUUUUGUAUGCAGAUGAAAUCCCUCUGACUAUUUUAAAUGUCGGAUCACCCAAGAUAUGUGACAAAGAUCUUCUUGACGCAUUCCAAGAGGAAAUAGGAGUCAAGCAGGUUGUUGAAAUACUUGCCCGGUUUUCUUUGUUCAACCGUUGUGAGAGUACCAUUUAUGUCCAUCGAUUAGUGCAGGAGGUCAUCAGAGAGAAUCUGACUGAUUCAAGUCGAAAAGCGUUCAUCCUUCAAUGUGCAACACGUAUGAUAAAUAAGGCUCUUGAGAGGACGCAGUCGCCAAGAAACGCUUUAAAAGAAGAAAAUGUAGGCAGAGCUUCAUUACAGAUGUGGAGUAAAUUAGCACUGCAUGCAAAUACAUUAAAAACCUAUCUGUUCGAGUUUACAAAGACCAAUAGGAAACAAAUGCAUAUUUGCUUUAAUAUUGAAAGCACAAAGCUUUUACAAACAAGUGCAAUAUACCACAGCCUGUUUCAGCGACAAGACGAGGCGUUAGCCUGCCAAACACAAAUGUUGAGCAUCAUACAGGCAUUUGCCAUCGCUGAAUCUGAUUACAGAGAUCUUACAUGUAUUAAGAUACCCCUUUUACAGAAGGACAGACAGAUUAUUCAAAGUAGUAUGGCAAUGGCUAUAUCGACGGGAACAGAACCAUUCGUAGGAAUAAAUAAAGCACAAACCGUUGCGCUUUUGGAUCCAGAGCAAUUGCACAGAAUUGGAAACGACGCUUUUAAGUCACAGAAAUACCAAGACGCCAUUCAGUGUUAUACAGAAGCAAUCACUGCCAGUCAGAGUAAUAUUGAUCCAAAACUUUUUUCAAACAGAAGUCUUGCCUAUUACAGAAUUUCAGAUUAUGAAAACGCAUUGCGUGAUGCAGAUUUAUGUAUACAAAUUGAUCCAAACUCACACAAAGCGUAUACCUGGAAGGCAUAUGCAAUUGCUAAUCUUAUUCGUCUUGGUGUGUUGCCGAAGUCCUGGGAAUCGGCUGGUUUGGCAGCUGCAGCUGUUGCCGGAUAUCUAAAUAACCAGUGUUUACAGGAAUACAGGAUGAAAAUUGAAUACCCAGUUGUACGAUUCAAAAUCAUUAAAGAUCAAUCGCCUCUAGGCAGGGAAAUGGCUUCGUUGAUGAAUAUGUCUUAUACCACAUUACUACUUUGCAAAGGCAGUUACCAAAUAGCGCUACAAGAAGGAGAAAUUGCUACAAAAAGUGUCCAAAUCAUUGGUAUACAAGAAGGCGUUGAAAUCCAUAGCCCACUAGGAGUUUCCUUGGUACAUCCGAGUAAAAUAAGUUCUCAUUUUUCGUUCGAACCAGCAAUUAACGUGUACUUCGAAAAUGUGACCUUUCCAAACGAGACAGGGCAAAUAUGUAUCGUUGGGAAUGUGAACGCAACAUUCUACAAGUGCAGAUUUUCAAACGGUAAAAAAGGCUGCGAACACUUUCCAUUUUGUAAAGGUGUAGACGGUUGUAUAAAUCCAACCUCUAAUAAAUGCAAAAUGCGAAGUGCGAAGCAGGGAAAUGUAUCAUGUCCGCGCCCGAGCGGCGAAGUUGGUUUUUCCGGCAUAUGUGCUAGUCUAAGUGGAAAUGCAUUGAUAGACAACUGUAUACUUGACAGGUGUGGUGGUGGAGGCACUCUUAGUGUUGAAGGAUCCGUUAUUUAUAUAAAGAACAGUGUUGUUCGUAAUAUGAGACAAACGGGUAUUGAAGCAAGGGAAGGAGGCUUUACCAUUGCAGAAAAAUGUACAAUUUUUGAUAAUCAGUUCCACGGCGUUUUGAUAGGGCCGAAAGGAAGGGGGGUUGUAAAAAACUGUGUCAUACAAAACAACAGAAACGAAGGAAUCUGGUGCGGAGGUCAUCUGGAUAUUAAAGAUGAGAAUUGUUUAACAGAAACAUCGGAUCCAGAAGGAGGAUCUUCAUGCAUUAUCUUUGAUAAUUUAAUCUAUCAAAAUGGAAUGUCUGGAAUAUCCUUGGACGGAGGAUCGUAUGAUGUUUCUGGAAACAAAAUAUUUGAUAACUGGCUUUGGGGAAUGAUGGUGAAAUCUAGAUCAACAACAAACAUAUGCAACAACGACAUAUUUGAGAACAAGUGCGGCGGCAUAAGAAUUGGAGUCAAUUACUCAGCACCUGUCACGAUAGAUGGAAAUACUAUUCGGGACCAUACAGGCCCUGCUCUUCAUACAGUAAGGUGUCAGAUGGAAAUGGUAAUAGGUGUUGGUAUGAUGGAGGACGAAAGCACUAUUUAUUCAAUACCACCUUUCAUAACAACAAGGAAUAUAAUUGAAAAAAACAACAGAGGAGAACAACACCCAAGACAAGUCCUAGACUUUGUAGAAACAUGCUGUUUCUGUCAUAUUGAUUCUAACAAACUAAAAAAAUGUUCGAAGUGUAAAAAGGCAAAUUACUGUUCUAGAGAAUGUCAGAAACAACACUGGAAACGUCACAAGACUAUAUGCAAACUCACGAUGGAAAACUUUACCGUAGACAUAAAGAUGUCAGAAACAACUAAGUGGGACGAAUACAUACCAAAACUACCAGGCCAAGUUUGCAUCCGCAGAACAAACGCUCCUUUGCCAGGUUUAGGGGAAGGUAUACCUCCAGACAAGUCAAGUGAUAGAAGAUUUAUUGUCAAGAUACAGUCUGGAAAUGAAUACACCAUAUAUGAUACUAAUAAAGAAUUGAGACUGUAUGACCAAACUCAGACCUUGGAUGUAUUCUUCAGAAACCCCAAAAUCUGUCAUUUAGUAUACGAAUGUGGUGUUUUAGCUGCAACGAAGUUCACUACAAAGAAAAUGUUCUGUUGGGCUUCUUUCAAAAACAAUGGCAACACACUGUGUAUCUACACAGACACUUUGCCACCCUUUGAAACAUGGUAGUCAUACGUGCUGAUGCAUUUGUUGUACCUUUAAAAGCUUAAAGCACAAAAGACUAUAUCAUUUUCUUUUGUAACACAAACAGGCGUCUGCUGAUGGCACAUAAAAUACUUUUAAGAGAGACUGAACUUCAUUGACAGUUUUAAGUGAAUUAUAUAUAUUCGGUUAAUCAAUGAUAAUAUCGAUUAAUAGAUGACGAAGUGUGGGAACGCACCACCAUAAACCAUAGAUUUAUAUAAACUUGCAUACGACAGUAGAAAGUACUGAACGUAUCCAAGUUUUCAUCAUUUCAUUCAGAUUGACUUCAUAAGUUUAUUGCCGUGGGCCAGUAGAUGAUCCCUGUUAUGUUGAAAGGUUAAAUAGUCAAGGUCACAGUAACCUUAAGCCGAUAAAUAACUAGAGGACGCUUUGACAUAUGCUGAGUCACUUAAUGGUGUUCAUAUAGAGAACUAUGAGCCGGGACCAUUUUUAUCUGAUUACUGUGUUGUUAAGGUUCUCUAAAAGGUAAAAAAAGAGACAUACUAGUGGGAGCGUAUCAUUUAGAAACUUCAAAAAUUUGAACACAUCAGAAUUUUCCAGUGAUCGAAGUGCAAUAAACGUUGAUUCACAGAAUAUCAACAAGUUUGUGAAUGAGUUUGAAUCGGAAAUAGAGGAUGUCCUGAAUAAGCACGCUCCUCUAAGUGAGAAAACUAUAACACAGAGAGCACCUAAACCAUGGUUCAAUGAAAAUUUGCAACAUCUAAAACAAGUUAAAAGAUCUGAGCGUACAUGGAGGCGUUGCAGUAAAACAUAUCAGUUUGAGUCGUAUAAAGCAGUAAGAAACGAAUACAAUUAUGAAAUCAAACCACACUCAGUAGAAAAGUACGCUAAAAGUGAUUCCAAGUCUCUAUAAGGAUUAGUAUCUGCACUAACUGGUACCAAAUCUGAAAACCCACUGCCUCAAGGAGAGUCUAAAAAUUCAUUGGCCGAAAAAUUUGCUGACUUUUCCAUGGCAAGAAUCUCAAAAUACAACAAGGUGUUUUGCCUGUGAAAUACAAACAAGCAGUUAUUAGACCUUUGCUUAAAAAAGCAGGUCUUGAACCAUAGCUUUCCAACUAUCGUCCUUUGAGUAAUUUAUCAUUUCUGUCAAAACCUAUUGAGAAAGCUGUUCUGUACAGAUCAAACAAAUAUGUAAAACAAAAUAGUCAUUUGCCUAAGAAUCAUUCUGCAUAUAGGAAAUAUCACUUCUGUAAAUCUGCGCUGCUUCGGUUGGUUUAUGAUCUUCUAAGUGGUACGGAGAAACAGGAAGUCACGGCUCUUAUUACAAUUGACUUAAGUGCGACAUUUGAUACUGUCGACCACGGCAUUCUACUAGAUGUCCUAAAAACACAGUAUGGUGUCUGUGAAACAGUUCUUCACUGGGUAGACUCCUACUUAAAGCCUCGUACUUGUAAGAUCAAUAUCAACAAUGCAUAUUCAUCAGACCGCCAUCUUGAAUGCAGUGUGCCCAAAAGGCAGUUGCCUUGGUACUAGCCUGUAUCUUACCUAUGCUGGAACUCUUUUUGAUGUUAUUCCCAAAUCCAUAUCAGUCUACGGUUUUGCUAAUGAUCAUAUAGCAAAUAAAAGUUUUCGUCACACAUCUGCUUCCGUAGAAUCACAAGAGGUCAGAGACCUCGAACGUUGCGCAGUUAUAAUCAGACUGGAUUAAUAGAAACAAACUGAAAAUGAACACUUUAAAAACUGAAUUUAUUAUGUUUGGUAGCAGAGCUCAAUUGAACAAAUGUUUUACAAAUUCGAUUAACAUGGUGGUGAUAAUAUCAAACGUGAAAGCAUAAUUAGAUAUCUUGGUGCAUUUCUUGACGAAACCUUGAACUUUUAAAGAUCAAGUAAAUCGCAAAUUUUGUACAGCCAUGUUGAAUUACCUACGAAUUAACAACAUCAGAAAGUAUUUAACAAAAGCAGCCACUGAAAUUUUAGUUUUGUCUCAAGUUAUUUCACAUCUGGAUUACUGCAAUGUCAUACUGUAUGGUGUAGCUAACGGCGAGAUGUGUAAGAUGCAACGUGUGUGCAAAACCUGUCCUUAACAGGAGGAAAUUUGACAGUUCCAAACAAGCAGUGUAUGACUUAAUUACAUUGGUUGCCGGUGAAGGCAAGGAUUGAGUUUAAGAUACUUACAUUCAUGUAUAGCUGCCACAUUGGCAGAGCACCUCUGUAUUUAACAGAAUUGCUUACAGAGUAUGUACCUAGUAGGCAAGAUUCGAGAUCACCAGAAAAUUUUGAAUGUCGUUAGGUUGGUUUAAACAAUAUUUUAUUCAUAUAUAUAUACAUUUACAACAUGAAUCGCUACAUUAUUAAGGCAUGAAGAUUGAGUAGAAAGCUAAGCUUAUUUGAAACUCUCUCCUUAAGAAUGUCGUUAUGUUGUUCCAUACAAAAGAAAGUGCAAAACAUUUAAUGAUAGAAGUUUCUGUACUAUUUUUCUGUACUAUUUGUCCAAAACUGUGGAAUGAACUGCCGUUAGAAUUACGCAAAAGUAAAUCACUUGGUAUUUUCAAAAAGUAUCUUAAUACACUGUAUUUUAGAGACAUCAUGGCAUUGUUUUAAUUUUUUAAAUAAUUGUUUUAUAUGCGAUAACAGCAGGUUUUAGCUUUUUUAAUUUUUGUGGGUUUUUACAUUUCAUCAAUUAUAUCAGUUUUAUGGUUUGUUAAAUCAAAUGUACAACGCCAUUGAAUAUGUCAUAAUAUAGAAAUAAGCGUUUAAUCAAAUUAAUUAGUUUCAGUUUCAGUUUAGUCGACCUUCACAUGACUCCUAUUAUUUCAGGGAUCAGAAUACUAGUAAAAGGUCAAGGUCACAAUAUCUCUGAGAUGGGACCGAUUUCAGAUCAAUAACUAAGAAACGCUUGUAAUUACUCAGUAGAGUGAUUGUAUGUCAGUAGUCUAUUCUUAGUGUUUUUGGAUAAUUUUGUUUUGUUAACGAUUAAACAAUGACACACCACAACUAGCCCGUUUUCUCUAGAAGGCCGUCUUAUGACAUAUUUGUUUUUAUUCAUAUAUCAUUAAUAUAUUGAACGUAUUCCGUAAAUUUGCACUUUGUAUAUCUAGUAAGCAUUUAAGUGAAGUUUAAGGAUACGUCACGGUUAAGAUAUUUUAGCAUUAUUGUAAUACACAGUAGAUAUCAAAGUUUUAAUACCAAUGUAUGUGCUCAUUAGAUAAAUCCUCAAUAUAUAUAUUUGAAAAUAAGGAAUUGCAACGUUUUGAAUGGCUGUAAUUAGUGUUAGUUUAUUUCUUACGUGACUUGGAGAGAAAACGCAGUUCUUUUAAUAUUUUCAUUUAUGAAUUGUAAGCUAUAUUAUUGAAUAGCCUUUUUAAGAAUAUCGAACUGGAAGCAGAAAUAAAAGUAAACCUUUUAAAAGGUCAUUAGUCAUUUUCCACCUUAUGUCAAAUUUUUUUCGUUGAUGUUCAAGAUCUCUCAAAAUUUGUUUUAUCUCUCAAUUUUUCAUAUGCGUUGUUUUUGUAAGUUUUAUGGUAAGACAUUAUAGUGUGUAACGUAAGAAAAUGCUGUGCUAGAAAUUGUUUUGUCGAGCACUUUGAAGUCACACUGUAAUUUUUAUUGUUUUAGUUUAUUGUUGGUAAUAUAGGUACCACCAAAAAUCGAUCUUAAAGCAUAAGAAUUGUUCCUUUCUGAUGGUAAGUAUUAGUUUGACUGUUAACGUUAUUAUUUUUCGAAAAACAACUGAAUGUUUCUUUGUUACUUGUUAUUCACCGUAACUUCAAAACGUGAUACCACCUUAUAAAUUUUAAAGAUUGCAAAUAGAGUAUAAGUUUUAAAAAUUAUGUAAAUAUCCUAUUAUUUGCGUAAAUCAUUCUGAUUUAGAAUAAUUGAUCAUAAUGUGUAUACAAAUGCUGUUCGUUCAAAUACAUUGCCAUUUAAACAUUACCUGCAUUUUGUAGUUUUAGAUAAACAUACCAUCCAGUAGGUUGUUUAAAGUAAUAUUUUAUGGUAGCUAUCAGUUUAAAAAAAAUUGAAACAAAUUACUUAAUGAGAAGAUAUAAUUAAGUGUAUAGAGGCUCUGAGCUUGGUCUAGCUGAACACCUAAAUUGAGCUUGGUCUAGCUAAACACCUGAACACCUUAAUGUCGGUCUUCCAGCAUCACAUACCCGAACCAUUGCAAGGGCAUUUUGACAGACAGCGCUGAUAUCAUUUUAGAAAUAUUUUCCUUGAUUUGCCUAUUCAUAUCAAUAUAAAAACGUCGCCGCGGACUGCUUCAUGAUAUAUCCAGAGAGCUGAUUAAGCAUGUUACCUUCGCAAUUCCUAAAAAUGAGAUGUAAAAAAUGCUAAUAACACUAAUGGUAUUUCAUUAUAUAGUAUUUUGCUGCUAUGUUGAACAAAAGCCAUUUUAAUUAUGUUCUUUUCUUUUUAAACUUGAAUUAUUAAUGAUGUAUGUAAUUUCGCAAUAA